UAUCCUGUUCUAUACGGUCCUUACACCUGUUACUCGGUUCGAGACCAUGUCUGCUGCUGUACAAGCGACUUCAAGCUCGCCUGUGGUUUCUUCGUCCACUGUCGGCCCACGACCGCUGCAGCUGCUUGAGAGCAAUUUCUCUCCCAGCUCCUCUCCUAUUCUGUCUCCACGGUCGGCUUCAUCAUUCGGGUUCUCGACUCCGCCUCCGACAGCUCGCGGCUUCGAGUCACCCAACCCACGGAGACAAUCAUCCAUCUCGUACUUUCCUAGCGACCAUGUCGAUCUGCGCUCACCCACUGUCUUGUCACGGGCUGUUGUGUCUCCCCGGAGAACAAACUCGAUGGGCAUAUGGACGGUGGAAGGUCGUGCGAAGGGAGACAGAAGGAGUCUAGGGUCAUUGAUGAGGGACGUCGCGUCUCCCGUCUCUCCAGGUCCUCCAGUGGACUAUGGUCCGCUUACCUUGGCUGAGAAACAUGCCGACCUCCUUCAAUUCAUCGCACAGAAAGAGUCCAAAUUGCUCGAGUUGCGCUCGCAGCUAGCCGUGCAGGAAGCCGAACUUGCGGAGCUGAAGCGCAAGUGGGAGCGCAUUGUCAGCCGGGGCAUGGAUCGCGCAUACUCGUCACCGCUCACCCCCGGCCGCUCACCAUACGCCAACGGAGUCUCGCCCUCGUUUCCGGUGUCCUCUAUCAUCCCUACGGCCAGUACGGCUAUCAAGGAGGGCGUGCGCCUUCUUGCUGCGGGUCUUGACCUCUCUGCCUCUGAGCCUUCGUCGCCUCCGGCGUUCUCUCCGCCCGCUCUUCCGAUGUCUGGCAUUGCAACUGUGUCACGUGCGUCUCUGGCUUCUACGGCUGCGAUGAAGAAGGCCGCGGCGAGCAAGCACGCCGCGAACCAGAGCAUCAGCUCCGCCUCGACCACAACCACUUCAUCGAGCUCGGCGCCCAGCAAACGGCUCUCACAGUCUUCUGCGUCGUCACUGCUGUCUUCGCUCUCGCUCGAGGAUCCCGUGGAAGACUGCGACAGUGCGCGCCCUUCGCCCAUCUCGGAAGAAAAGCCGGAGGUGCCGGCAGAAGCAGUAGGCUUGCGUUCAUCGCGGUCGUCGAACUCCACUUUACGGCGGCGGUCCAAAGAUGCAGAGCCACGGCCGUCAUCAUCAGCUGUGAUGCCUAUGUCCGAGCCUUCGACGACGACAAGGCGACAUAGCCGAACACACGACACGUCACUGUCUUCAAAUGCUGCUGUGCCACAAUCGGAUAACUCGGGGUGGAUGGGUAGCGUGGGCAAGAAGUGGGAGGAGAUGCAGCAGGGAGAAACAGCUCUAAAGCUACAAAAGCGAUCGUCGCUCCUCUUUGAGAUGUCUCAAUCACUCUUCAGCGCGCUCGCUUCCCCGGCGCCGACGUCACCCGCACCGAGCAAGCCUUCGCCACUAUCCCCCUCUUUAUCAUCCGCUCCAGAGUCUCUCAUGGAUGACGAGCCAGAGCUCGAACAUGGCCUUGGCGCCGUUAUGGUACCACAGGUCGUCAGCCCGACACCUGUGCCUCCACUGAGUCAGCCUGCGAAGUCUGCAGACGACGAUGACGAGGAGUGGAACUGGUAAUUCCUCCUUUCGCCUUUUCCCUUUUUUUUGGCCAGUCGUCCUGGAGACGGCAGUGUGAUUUUCGUGGAUACGCCCUAAUGUACAUGCAUUCCUUCGGUUUCUCGCCACUGGUACACAUCUGCCUGCAUUACUGUACUGUCUGCCACUAUACUUGCAUCGUCUGAUAUCCUGCAUACUUGCUAUACCACGUUAUCG